UGAUACAUCAGUACGCCUUAAAUCGCUAGAAAAGUGGUCAAAUUCGGCCGUAAGCGACUGAUGUUUACAAAUUUGUCAAUUCGAGCUGUACAUCGUCAUCGCCUACUUUAAUUUUCUUUUCCAUCGGUGAUUGCACAUGAUCAAGUGUUUGAUGAAAAGUUGAGAGGACCUACUGAGCUUGAAGGACAACCCGGUUAGUUCAUAGACAGAGGCAAGCAACGAUCUAAAUUUGGAUUCAGCGGACUCGUGCACGGCCAAAAACGUCGGGGCAUUUAAGAAUAUUGGAACGAAUACAAAAUCUGACAUGGAUGCAAUGGGGGACAGUAUUAAUAGACUAUUCACGUGUGAAUUUUGUCAUGAAUCAUUUACGGAAAUUCGGCUCAAGCGCCACAUGAACUCAUUCAUUCUUUCUCCUGACAGUUUAGAUUAUGUUUUAAACCGGAAGGAUUACUGGGCACAUAAUCAAUUUUGUGAAUGUGAGAUUUGUCGCCAAUUAUUUGGACUGCAAAGUGAGCUCAAGCAUCACAAGGACACAGAUCAUAUUCAAAGAAAACACUUGAAUCUCACUGAGCACACAAUUUCAGUACAAAAUAAGGAAAAACCCAUCUUUAGUAACCUUUGUGGCCAAUCAAUAGGACAAAUGGGUAACCUCCAAAGACACAUCAAUACAAAACAUAAGAAGCUAAAAUCCUAUAAGUGUGACAUGUGUCCGUCGUCAUUCGGCCGCAAGGAUAAACUCCAAGGUCACAAGAAAAGGAAACAUGGACAGGACCCCUUCAAAUGUCAUACUUGUUACAAAUCAUUCGGAUUAAAGAAGCACUACUUAACUCACUUGAAGGAUGAACCUAGCCAUAGACAACGCAAAUUGCCCGUAAAACCAGAACAUAAAGAGAAAAAACCCUUCCAAUGUGAUAAAUGUGACAAAUCAUAUGGAGCAAAGACAAACCUCGAUGAACACAUUAGAAAAAUACAUAAAAUCUUCGAAUGUAAGGCUUGUCAAAAAUCAUUUAGAGGACAGAAUAAGUUCAACAGACACGUGAUCAUGGAACAUGAGGGAGGUCAAUUAUUUCAAUGUAAACAAUGUUCAAAAGUAUUCCAAAGAAAAUCCAACUUUAAUUUGCACACAAAAAAGGUCCAUCUCCAGCCGGUUUAGCUACCACAAUCGCAGAUAUCAAAAUAAACUUAGGAGCUACAAUUUGACAUCCCAUAAUUUUGAUUUCCCGAGACAAUUGCUAUAAAAGAGAAUAUAUCUACUCUUCUAUGAGUAAGCUAUGUAAUUUUAAAGAAUCUUCCGAAUAAAUAUCUUUUAAUGCAUUGAAAAACGA